AUUUCUACUACUGGUUUGAGUUCGUCAAUAUAGUGGGGGCCGCGGUGCUGGAGUCCCUCCACAUGAUCCUGGCGAAGAAAGGGAAGAACCUGGAAGACAAUAUCCAGAUAUUCAUUAUGGUACCCUGCGCGGGAUACGCUCUAUUAGCUUUAACCAACUGCUACAAGAUAGUGUCCCAUCGAGAAAUAUUCGAGAACCUGGUGAAUGACCUCCGAGACAUGUACCCUCGGGGAGAGGUGACUGAAGAGCAGCAUCAGAUCAUCAGUAAGGCUAACUCGAUCGUCAGCUACGUUGUAAGAGGUUACUACUACUCCAACGCACUGCUCCUCAUAGCCUACAUGAGUCGUCCUUACAUCGCUACGUUGAAGAGGCACCUUGGCUACGACGCCCCGAAGGAAAUGCUGCUUCUGUAUUACUUCCCUUUCGACGCCUUACAGCCCGUGGUGUUCGAAGUUAUCACUGUUGUGCAGACUUGGCAAGGUACAGUGGCAGUGCUGUCCCUGCAAUGCGGCGUGAUGAUGUUCUGCAUCCUGCUCAGCCACAUAGCGGUUCAGUUCGACCUUCUCUCUCUGAGGGUUCAGGGUCUGGUGCAGGUGUCUACUGACGACCAGCUGCCACCGACGUAUCCGUUGAACAAAUAUGGCAGUAUAUCUAAGAACUGUGUAAAGAGCGUUACCGAUGAUGGUGAUAGUGAGACGAGGAUCCGCGAAGAAUUGGAUAAUAUAAUUUCCAGGCACAGAACUUUGAUCAGGCUGGCUGGUGACGUGGAAGACCUAAUGAGUCUACCAUUGUUGUUGAUUUUCGCAAACAGCAUCAUUAUCAUAUGUUUCUGUGGAUUCUGUGCUGUCAUAGUGGAAAAAAUAAGUGAUGUGGUGUACAAAACGUUCCUUGUGACAGCCCUACUUCAGAUCUGGCUUGUGUGCUCAUACGGACAGAGACUGGUAGAGUCAAGUGAGGGCUUUUCCGAGGCUCUGUACAAAUGUGGCUGGUAUAAAACGUCGAUAAGGAACCGCAAAACCAUAUUCAUAAUGAUGCACAGAUCUCAGAAAGCAGUGCGUGUUACUACUUAUGGGUUUCAAACAGUUUUGUGUCUGGCCAGUUACACAACUGUCAUUAAAACUUCUUGGUCGUAUUUAUCUCUAUUAUUAAAUGUCUAUAAAGAAAAAUAA